AUGUUUAACAACACAAGUACAAGUACGCGUCUUAUUAGCACUAGAGAGUACGUCCGUCGCUGCCGCGAGCUCGAAGCAAAGAGAGCGAUGCUACCGCAAGAUGUCAUCCGAGGGGUGCACAUAGAGCCACCCCAUAUAGUUAAGAAGCGAAGCAUCGACCAACCCUUAAGGAUAAGCAUUUUCUACGACCACUCAGUGUAUAGGUUAGAAGAAGAAAAAUUGGACAUGAUAAACAAUACAAUCUUACCUGAAGCGGUGAGAUUCUGGGAGGAGGCGCUUAAAGUAAGGAAAACCGGUGGACCAAUUAGACUUAAUAGAAAGUGCCCAACGCGCCAAGUAUUCAUAAGGGGGGGAAGAUCUCACUGCAUCGAUGCCUGCAGCGCUGAAACGAUGUGCGGAGAAGUCAGGGUACCGGAACAUCAUUUAAACCCGUGCUACGUCUGUAACAGUACAGGACAUAACUGCAGAGCGUUACCCCGCGAGAAGAUUCAUCUAGAAGAUGAGCUGAGUGCCACUGAAAUAUCUGGCAACGCUCUGAACUACGGUUCUGAUGCUCCAGAACUAGAUGAAGAUCGAACCGGCGUGGAGAAUACCGAUUUCGUCCUGUACGUCAGUGCGGUCGAGACUGAGAGGUGCAGACGUGGUCUGACUGUGGCCUACGCAUCCCAUUGUCAACAAGAAUCAGCAUUAGAUAGACCGGUAGCUGGCCACGCAAACUUCUGUCCGGGCGAGUUGUCAACAAAAUACCGUGACUUACCCUCCGUCCUGUCGACUGUGAAACAUGAAAUGCUCCACGCUCUGGGUUUCAGCGUUUCACUCUUCGGAUUUUAUAGAGAUGAAAACGGUGAACCGCUGACAGACCGGCGUCCGGACACAGGAAACCCACCAUUAGACGAAGAGCUUCAAAUACACAAAUGGUCGGAUCGUGUUGUUAAAACCGUAACAAGAAACAACUGGAUGAUAAGAGAGGGCUACAUAUCGAGGAACUUUCACAUGAUUGUCACUCCGAGAGUCGUUAAGGAGGUACGGGAUCACUUUAACUGUUCUCUGCUAGAAGGAGCUGAGUUGGAAGAUCAAGGAGGAGACGGGACAGCUCUUACGCAUUGGGAGAAGAGGGUGUUUGAGAACGAAGCGAUGACAGGAACACACACACAGAACUCAGUCUUCAGUCGGAUAACCUUCGCAAUGAUGGAGGAUACAGGCUGGUACCGAGCUGACUACUCCCACGCCGCACCCCUGGACUGGGGCAAGGGCCUGGGCUGUAACUUCGCGAUGACGUCCUGCAAGCAGUGGCUUAAUGCACAAAGGUUCAGCCCUAAUGACAAUAAUACUAUGGAACGUAAAAGUUUGGCACCGUUUUGCGACCGCGUCAAGGGUGAUCCAUUGCGUACGGAGUGCUCACCGCGACGCACGGCCGUUGUCCUGUGCAAUCUAGUACGACACGACACCAUAUUGCCGAGGCAGUAUCAGCAUUUCGACAGACUGCCGAACAUACCAGCAGAAGACGUGGCCCACUACGGCGGUUCAGUCUCCCUCGCCGAUUACUGUCCAUACUUACAAGAGUUCACUUGGAAACACAAGACUGUUCUCAUCAGAGGCAGUCGAUGUUCCUAUGAGGAGAAUACCCCUAAGCAAGACGUCAAUUUCGCGCUGGAGAAUUACGGAGAACAUUCUAAAUGUUUCGAUCACAGCGAUCGUGUGUGGGAGCAAAAGUCUUGUAGACAGAUAAGAGAAUGGCAACACUGGGGAUCCGGGUGCUAUAAAUAUAAAUGUGAAAAUGGCCGACUACAUAUUGUUGUUGGUAAUUACUCCUACACGUGCUACUUCGCUGGUCAAGUUUUACAAAUUAAGAUUAUUCAGAAGGAGUGGCUGCACAAAGGGGGCGUGGUUUGUCCCCCCUGUAAAGAAGUGUGCGCUCAAGAGUUUUCGUCCCGCAAAGAAUAUUGCAAAGGGGGUGAAGAGGCCCCCCCACCGAAUUUAUACCCAAACGACGUAUUAGCCUGUAAGUCUGCAACGGUAAAAGCUACCUUCAUUAUGUUACUAGCGGCCAUCUUGUGUACUUUCAACAUUUGACAAAAUUGAUGAUUAGUUUUUAUUUAAAUGAAACAGACUGAACAUUUGAAAUUUAUAAAAAAAAUAUACUGAUAGUAUAAUUAUUAUAUUUAUUUUGGUAUAUCGUUUAUGUUUUGGACACUUACAAUAAACGGUGAUUAUUUUUAAACGUAAA